UGGCGACGUACAGAGUGCAUUGAAUACUUCUCAAAAAUCGGCAAUGAGCUCGUAUUACAUUGGAGUUGAUGUCGGAACAGCAAGCGUUCGUGCUGGCUUAGUGACAGCGGAAGGUGUAGUCGUUAAAAAUAGUAGCCGACCAAUAGAAAUAUGGAAUGAUGACGGGAACUUUUAUGAACAGUCAUCAGAUAAUGUUUGGGAGAAACUUUGCGAAGUUGUUAAGGAAGUUACCUCAAAUGUCCCCAACAAGCUCACGAUACAUGGAGUUGGAUUUGAUGCAACGUGCUCAUUAGUUGCUUUAAACUCAGAUGGUCAGCCUGUGUCCCUCAGUCGAACUAACAAUCCAAACAGAAAUAUUAUAAUGUGGCUUGACCAUAGAGCAGCGAAGCAGGCAGAAAGAAUCAAUAGCACAAAACAUAAAGUCCUAAAGUAUGUUGGAGGUGUCCUAUCUCCAGAGAUGCAGGCACCAAAACUGUUAUGGAUUAAGGAAAACUUACCAGCCAAUUGGGACUUAGCAUCUGUGUUCUUUGAUCUUCCUGAAUACUUAACAUUCAAAGCCACUAUGGACUCUUCCAGGUCAACCUGCUCUUUGGUUUGUAAAUUUAACUACUUGGGGCACGAGACACAGCRACCACCAGGGUCUAAAUGUGGCUGGGAUGAUUCCUACUGGCRGCAAAUAGGUUUACAAGAAUUACCAGAAAAUAUGUAUUCCAAGCUAGGUACAAAGACAUGUUCGCCAGGAAGUCCAAUUGGUAAUGGGYUAACAAAAGAAGCAGCUGAGCAGAUGGGAUUAUGGGAGGGAUGUCCUGUUGGAUGCUCUCUUAUUGAUGCCCACGCAGGAGGAAUAGAUUGCUGUCAUCGUUACUACCCUUGGGCUUCCUGUGUUGAGGACUGCACAGGGAUUCCAAAUAGGCUAAAUUUAGUGUUUCCUGCCAAGGAUGAUAUCAUUGAACCACAAAGUAUCAUUAAUUGUAGGAGUUGNGGAAGUAUUGAAAUUUCUUCUUCCAGGACGAGAAUAUUACCCCUGGGGACCCCUGUAGCAUUAAAAACUUCCCUGUACGAUGAGGUAAAUGAUCUUGUGCGAAAGGUCUGUGAAGAAUACAGGUUGGACAACGCUGCCUUCCUGUCACGUGACUAUCAUGUACUGCCUGAUUUCCAUGGUAACCGUUCACCAAUCGCUGAUCCUAAUCUGACGGGCAUGUAUGGUACACGUCACAUCAUUGACUGCAUGAAUGAUGCCGGUCACCAUGUCAACACGUUGUUUCUGUGUGGAGGUCUCACGAAAAACCCGCUCUUUGUCCAGACACAUGCUGACGUCACAGGAAUGCCGUGCGUUUUACCACGAGAAAGUGAACCAGGCCUGAUUGGUGCUGCCAUACUUGGAGCAUGCGCGAGUGGUGACUUUGCCACUGUACAGAACACUGGUCACGUGANAAAACCCGUGUUUGUGAAAGGGGUCUGGGGGCCAUAUUACUCUGCCAUGGUGCCUGGCCUUUGGCUCAAUGAAGGCGGUCAAAGUGCAACUGGAAAACUGAUUGAUCACGUGAUUGAGACACAUCCCGCCUUCCAGAAGCUGAAACAAAUGGUCGAGGAAAAAAAAACUUCCCUGUACGAUGAGGUAAAUGAUCUUGUGCGAAAGGUCUGUGAAGAAUACAGGUUGGACAACACUGCCUUCCUGUCACGUGACUAUCAUGUACUGCCUGAUUUCCAUGGUAACCGUUCACCAAUCGCUGAUCCUAAUCUGACGGGCAUGGUUUGUGGUCUAACGCUCUCGUCCGAUCUCAACAAUUUAGCAGUUUUAUACGUUUCUACAUUACAGGCGCUAGCAUAUGGUACACGUCACAUCAUUGACUGCAUGAAUGAUUCCGGUCACCAUGUCAACACGUUGUUUCUGUGCGGUGGUCUCACGAAAAACCCGCUCUUUGUCCAGACACAUGCUGACGUCACAGGAAUGCCGUGCGUUUUACCAAGAGAAAGUGAACCAGGCCUGAUUGGUGCUGCCAUACUUGGAGCAUGCGCGAGUGGUGACUUUGACACUGUACAGGAUGCCAUGAAAACAAUGAAUUCUAUUGGUCAGAUAGUGACACCUGACAGCAAAGUUAAAAACUACCACGACAAGAAAUACAAAAUUUAUCAUAAAAUGAUAAAAGAUCAAUUAGAAUAUCGACAAAUUCUCCAAGAAAAAUAACUAUCGAUGUUAUAUACUAUUAUUAACAUGAACAUAUUCUUAUAUAUUUUAAUUUCUAAUAUAAAUAUACUUGAAUUAAAUCGAAUUGUGAAUUGUUUGAUUGCUUUUUAAAUUAAAUUGAUAUUUUAUAAUAUUAUAUGGC